AUGACCCACGGGUUUGAAUAUGGUCCGGGUGCUGUUCCUAGGAUCUUAGGUCUGACGGCCAGCGCUGGCUCUAGUCGCGAGGGACUGCAGACAAUCGAGAUGAACCUCAAUUCAGUUUGCACGACGCCCCAAGCGCACCGUCAGGAACUGCUGGAAUAUACGCAUAUGCCCGAGUUGCGGCGGGUUCUGUAUACGCCUUUGAUGAAAGAAAAUGCUUCGCUUUGGGAAGGAUCUACUUUGCAGAAGUUGCUUGAAAGGGACAACACUUACUGCAGCGGCCAGAUGAAGACGUUUGUUUGCAAAGCCGUCCAUAUAUUUCAAGAGCUGGGGAUAUGGGCCGCAGAGUACUUUAUCAGGGCGUCGGUUGAGGAGCUUCUGAGUCAUGCCUAUGUUCACUCAAAAAUCGACCUAGACUAUGACGAGCGGGAGUACCUCGUGAAUAUCCUGUCUAAGUCACCGGUUCCUGAUAUAGACGUCCACUCCACUGACCCCAAGGAUUUUCCCGUCUCCCCCAAAUUCGAGGCUUUGAUAUCGUUCUUGAUGAGCACCGAAGACAUAAACUUCUCCGGUCUGAUCUUCGUGGAACAGCGAGCGGCUGUUACCGUCAUGUCUUACCUGCUCUCUACCCACCCCUCCACGAGAGAUCGAUUCCGCACCGGCAGCUUCAUUGGGAUGUCUAAUUCCACAAAUAGGAAAACUAUGCUAGGAGACCUUCUCUCGGCAAAAAUGCAGCCCGACACGUUGGAUGACUUCCGGUACGGACGGAAGAACCUGAUAGUCGCAACUGAUGUGUUAAAAGAGGGGAUUGAUGUGAGCGCCUGCAGUGUGGUAAUUUGCUACAACAUACCGAAAGGCUUUGAGUCGUUCAUCCAGCGGCGUGGGCGUGCCCGGCGUCAAAACUCGACAUAUUCUAUGAUGUUGUCUACAGAGGAUGACGGCUCCACACUGGACAAAUGGCAGAAGUUCGAGAAGAUCAUGGAGGAAGCUUGCCUAGAGGACAGGAGGCGUACGGAAGAGCUGCGUGCACUUGGAAGUCUUGACGAAGACGUGUGCACACGUUUCUGCGUUCGAUCGACAGGUGCCAUUUUGACGGCCGAAUAUGCUAUGCAGCAUCUAGUCCACUUUUGCGAUACUCUUCCCCGACAGAACUAUGUCGAAGACAAACCCGAGUUCUCCUUCGAGAGGAAUGACGGCGGGCUUUUGAGGGCCAAAGUCAUCCUGCCAAGCAGCGUGAAUCCCAAGGUCAGACGUGCGGAAGGGAAAGCUUGGUGGAAGACAGAACGUGCAGCAAAGAAAGAAGCGGCCUUUUAUGCAUAUAAAGCUCUGUACGAGCACGGGCUCGUAAACGACAACCUCCUUCCGUUGACAAAAAGCCGAGAGUUCACCCGAAAGGAUAUAAGUUUAUUACCAGCCGUGCAGAAGGUAUCGGAACAGUAUGAUCCAUGGGUGGACUGGGCGCAUUUAUGGUCGUCAACCAAUCUGUAUCAGAACCGGAUUCUUGUUCGCCAAAAUGAGGAGGACACUUCCAUGAAGUUUAUAACUCCGACAGCAACACCGCCAAUCGCACCGAUGAAAUUGUGUUGGGACAGUGAGACGACAUACACCCUGGAAUUCGAGGCGGCAGGAGCUGUUUCCUUGACAGCUGAAAACAUUGAACGCAUGAGAGCCGCCACUUCACUCUACCUACAGGCUACGACAAGCACACCGCUAGCCGGAAACAAGGACUAUAUCGCUCUGUUUGGCCCUGACUUGCCCUGGGACGAACUGGAAACGUGGCUGAAAAAGAAUCAGGGACACGAGCCCGCCAUCCAGGUAUUCUCCAGUCAGAGGCCCUUGGACCGUAUGGGUGUCGUCCGUGACCGGUCUCGCUAUGGCGAGUUACUCAUUUUCAAGCGAUGGCUUAACAGGAGUGGAGACCUUGAACUGGAAUGCGAUCCGUAUCCUAGUAAACGAAGAAACCUCCUCCAACGACAAACACUAGCCAAAAAGCGUCCUGCUGAAGAUGAGAUACUGGGAUCACCUACCAAGAAGCGGAUACUCUCUGCUAGCCAUUGCACGAUAGACAGACUCCCUGCAAGUGAAACAGUUUUUGGUCGGUUCAUUCCAGUCAUCCUUGAUAGACUAGAAGCCGCGUUGGUCGCGACGAGAUUAUGCGAAACAGUUCUACGAGAUAUCCAGUUUCAGGACCUCAGACAUGUCAUCACAGCCAUUACAAUGCCCCUUGCUCAAGCCCCGACAGACUACCAGCGAUACGAGUUUUUCGGCGACUCGGUACUCAAAUUCACAGUUGCGGCUUCCCUCUUCUACAACAAUCCGAACUGGCACGAGGGCUACCUAACCGAAACGCUGCACGCACUCGUACAGAACGCCCGUCUUACCCGCGCUGCCCUGGACCAAGGUCUUGAUGCGUACAUCAUAAGCAAUCGAUUCACCCCGCGGAAAUGGUCUGCCCCGCUUAUUUCUGAGAAAUUGUACGCUUCUGCAUCGACGCGCUCAAUGUCCGCUAAAGUCCUUGCUGACGUUGUCGAGGCUCUCAUUGGCGCGGCGUAUAUUGACGGCGGCCUCCACAAAGCACAGUCUUGCAUCGUCCGCUUUCUCCCAGAGAUUGAACUCCCAGAGACUAAACUCCCAAGACCCGAGAGUAUGCCCAUGUCGAAGGACCACAAGAAGCCUCACCUUAUCCAACAGGAAAACCUAGAAAACCAUAUCGGUUACACAUUCAAAGACAAAACUCUUCUUAUGGAAGCUCUGACGCAUCCCUCGUGUCCAUAUGAUACAUCAAUUCAGUCCUAUCAGCGUCUUGAGUUCUUAGGUGAUGCAGUGCUUGACAUGCUUAUUGUUGACUUGAUUCGUGCACAUCAUGUUGAAUGCCAACAGGGCGAAAUGACAAAGAUUAAACACGCCAUUGUGAACGGGCACCUUCUUGCCUUUCUGUGCAUGCAGUUCAAGUGGGCCAUGCCCUCUCCUCUAACCCCCAGUAUUGACACCGGAACGGAGACAGAGACAGAGAUAAUAUCCCCACCGCCAAAAACCCUCUCUCUGUAUAGCUAUCUCCGAUAUUCCCCCUCAAGACCGCUACCACUCCACGUCGAACCUGAAUCUGGUUCUUCGAAUGCAUUAACUCGCCACAACCUCCUCUGCCCCUCAAUACUGCACGCCCUCAACAACACAACGGCCUACCCGUGGUCGCUUUUCUCUGCAAUCCAUGCAGACAAAUUCUUCUCUGAUGUUGUCGAGUCCAUCAUCGGCGCUAUAUUUGUCGACUCAGGCGGGGAUCUGGGGGCAUGUGCUGGCUUCAUCGAACGAUUGGGCCUAGUAAGGAUCGCAAAGAGAAUUUUAGAUGAGCGCGUUGACGUCACCCAUCCGACACAGAGGGCGCAGAUUGAGCUGCAGAAGCUUGCGGCACGAUUAGGAUGCAAUGACGGGUUUCGGUUCGAGUGUAGGACGGUCCGUGACUUGAGCUCCGGGAAGCGCAAAACUUUGGAGGUUGACAUUAACGAUCAUUAUGGAGAUGAAGACCCAGCUGUUUUAGGCGCUGAAGGGCCAGAACUGACAUACACAUGCACGAUCUCCCUUGCAACCCUCAGGACCAACCAGGACUUUGGUCGCGACCUCGACGAUAUUGUCGUAACCGGGUGUCUGAGUAAAGAAGACGCUGAGAUCCAAGCUGCUAACCUAGUCAUCGAGUUGGUGGGACGCCUUGAGAGUGGCAGACUCUAUAAGAAAAACAUGGAUUUGGAUAUCGAUACGGGGGUGCAGGUGGACCUGGAUCUGGACAUGAACUUGGAUCCGGGAAUAACUACAGGAUAG